AUGCCGAAAGUUAAGAAGAGCAAACGGAUUGCAGAGCGGAGAGAAGGUCCGACAAAAAAUCAACAGCAGUCAAAAGAAAAGAGGGGGCAAUCUGUAAACAGGGACACUCUGGAGGUUGACCAUGUGGUUGGAAACACUAAACCUUGCUCAGAAUCAGGUGCGGCUACCAAUGCAGCCAAAUUGGGCUUGUCAGAUGAUGAAAUCUGUAAAGCUGAAAAUGAAGCUUGGUUCGUGGGUUCUUCUAUAGUGAAAAGAGCAUUUGUUGCAGCCAGAGAUAGGCCAAGUGGAGUGAACUUGGGUCUUCAGAGGUUAAGGAUAAAUAUGUGGUGGCAAGGAAAAGGGGGAGGAAAUGGAGAUACUCUGAAGAUGUCAAUGCCAUGA